UAAUAAGAUUAGUUCAAAAUGUGAGCGAAUUCGCAAAGCAGAAGUGGUUCACUGUUUUCACCGUCGUGAGUGUUCAAUAAUUACUCUUUUUCUGAAACAAAUACUUAUAGAGUAAUUAAUAAAUAGGCAAAAAAUAACUGAAAAAUGAAUACCGGCGGUGGAGCAGGCGUUGCCGACGACAACACGAGCAGCUCCUCUUUCUUGCAACUGAGCCACGAGGUGUGGCGGCGAUACCAGCAUCUCCUCGACAAAUCGACGCCGCUGGUGCUGUACCGAUGGAUCUUCCUGGCGGCGAUCGCGGCGGUAUUCGCGCUGCGCAUCUACUUCGUCCAGGGUUUCUACAUCAUCACCUACGGCCUUGGAAUCUACAUCCUGCAGCUUCUGAUCGCAUUCCUCUCGCCGCAGGUGGACCCCGAGAUCCAGCGGCUCACCGACGGCCCCGCCCUCCCCACGCGCGCCUCCGAGGAGUUCCGCCCCUUUGUCCGCCGCCUACCUGAGUUUAAGUUCUGGCAUUCGCUUAUAAAGGCUUUUGGUGUUGCUCUAUUGUUGACAUUCUUCAGUGCCUUUGAUGUGCCCGUAUUUUGGCCAAUUCUUAUGUUUUACUGGUCAGUUCUGUUCUUUUUAACUAUGAGGAGGCAAAUCAUGCAUAUGAUCAAGUAUAAAUAUGUCCCUUUCACAUUUGGGAAGCAGCGUUAUGGGAAGAAGGCAGCUCCUACUGACGAGGCAAACACCAGAAGAUCAUAGUUCUUAAGGUAGAUCAGGGCAUUAGAAUUUUGAAGAUACACAUGUUUCAGUUAAAUUUUGAUUUUUAAGUGCUGUACUCCUUUUGUAUUCAUGUCUCAUGAGUUGGCAUCAGCAAUUGAUUCUUUAGGUGACUAGUGAAUGUUCUUGAAGAUCAUUUCUAUAUGGUUGGCGCUAUGUAAACUUUCCUGUUCAACUACAUGUCUAUGCCCUGUCCUGUCUUGAAAUAGUGUAUGAAUAUUUUAAAGAUAUUUAUGCAUCUCAUAGUAA